UUCACGUCAUGAGCCUAAAGUAAGGCGUGUCCCGGCCGUCCCGAAAAUAUCUGGGGAAAUAGGUUUGUGAGGACAAAGACCAGGGCCAGGCCCAGGGCGGAGCCUCCGCGGCCCCGGCGCAGGGACUCGGCCUAGGCGGAGGACGGGGCGGAGCGCGGCCGGCACCGUCGAGCCGGGAAGAUGGCACCGCCCACGGAGCUGCUGGCCAGGCCGGAGCGAGGCAGCGUCCCCGGCUCCCGCGCCAUGGGGCGGCUGGUGGCUGUGGGCUUGCUGGGGAUCGCGCUGGCGCUCCUGGGCGAGAGGCUUCUGGCACUCAGAAAUCGACUUAAAGCCUCCAGAGAAGUAGAAUCUGUAGACCUUCCACACUGCCACCUGAUUAAAGGAAUUGAAGCUGGCUCUGAAGAUAUUGACAUACUUCCCAAUGGUCUGGCUUUUUUUAGUGUGGGUCUAAAAUUCCCAGGACUCCACAGCUUUGCACCAGAUAAGCCUGGGGGAAUACUAAUGAUGGAUCUAAAAGAAGAAAAACCAAGGGCACGGGAAUUAAGAAUCAGCCGUGGGUUUGAUUUGGCCUCAUUCAAUCCACAUGGCAUCAGCACUUUCAUAGACAACGAUGACACAGUUUAUCUCUUUGUUGUAAACCACCCAGAAUUCAAGAAUACAGUGGAAAUUUUUAAAUUUGAAGAAGCAGAAAAUUCUCUGUUGCAUCUGAAAACAGUCAAACAUGAGCUUCUUCCAAGUGUGAAUGACAUCACAGCUGUUGGACCGGCACAUUUCUAUGCCACAAAUGACCACUACUUCUCUGAUCCUUUCUUAAAGUAUUUAGAAACAUACUUGAACUUACACUGGGCAAAUGUUGUUUACUACAGUCCAAAUGAAGUUAAAGUGGUAGCAGAAGGAUUUGAUUCAGCAAAUGGGAUCAAUAUUUCACCUGAUGAUAAGUAUAUCUAUGUUGCUGACAUACUGGCUCAUGAAAUUCAUGUUUUGGAAAAACACACUAAUAUGAAUUUAACUCAGUUGAAGGUACUUGAGCUGGAUACACUGGUGGAUAAUUUAUCUAUUGAUCCUUCCUCGGGGGACAUCUGGGUAGGCUGUCAUCCUAAUGGCCAGAAGCUCUUCGUGUAUGACCCGAACAAUCCUCCCUUGUCAGAGGUUCUCCGCAUCCAGAACAUUCUAUCUGAGAAGCCUACAGUGACUACAGUUUAUGCCAACAAUGGGUCUGUUCUCCAAGGAAGUUCUGUAGCCUCAGUGUAUGAUGGGAAGCUGCUCAUAGGCACUUUAUACCACAGAGCCUUGUAUUGUGAACUCUAAAUUGUACUUUUGGCAUGAAAGUGCGAUAACUUAACAAUUAAUUUUCUAUGAAUUGCUAAUUCUGAGGGAAUUUAACCAGCAACAUUGACCCAGAAAUGUAUGGCAUGUGUAGUUAAUUUUAUUCCUGUAAGGAACGGCCCUUUUAGUUCUUAGAGCACUUUUAACAAAAAAGGAAAAUGAACAGGUUCUUUAAAAUGCCAAGCAAGGGAGAGAAAAGAAAGCUGCUUUUGAAUAAAGUGAAUACAUUUUGCACAAAGUAAGCCUCACCUUUGCCUUUCAACUGCCAGAACAUGGAUUCCACUGAAAUAGAGUGAAUUAUAUUUCCUUAAAAUGUGAGUGACCUCAGUUCUGGCACUGUGACCACUACGGCUGUUUAGAACUACUGAUAAUAACGUAUUUUGAUGUUUUGUACUUACAUCUUUGUUUACCAUUAAAAAGUUGGAGUUAUAUUAAAGACUAACUAAACUCCCA